UUUAUUUAUCAAUCCCUAUUUUCAGAUUCUCACUGGCUCACGGCCUGCAACCCUCGAAACGUGAAUAGCCGUGGCGGCCACCUAUUUCUCUGUUUAACGUCUUCACUCAUUCUCAUUUUCGCCUCAAACUACUUCUUCCACCGAUCACUGUUCAGCAGAGAAGUGUUGCCUUGGUCUCUUGAGGUGCAAUGAGAUUGGAGAAGUGUUGGUUCUGUUCUUCUACCAUAUACCCUGGACAUGGAAUCCAGUUUGUUCGUAAUGAUGCAAAGAUUUUUCGGUUUUGUAGAUCUAAAUGCCACAAAAACUUUAAAAUGAAGAGGAACCCUCGGAAAGUAAAAUGGACAAAGGCAUAUAGACGAGUGCAUGGAAAGGAUAUGACACAGGACUCGACCUUUGAGUUUGAGAGAAAGCGAAACAGACCUGAGAGAUAUGACAGGAAUCUUGCUGAGAAUGUCCUCAAGGCCAUUCCAAAGAUUGAUAAAAUCAGAGUCACCAGGGAGGAGAAACACCAUAAGAAUAGGAUGAAAGGCAAGAAGCAGAAGCUGCAAAUGGAGGCAGCUAGGGAGUUGGAGCAGGGCAUAAGUCUGGUCAAAGCUCCAUCUGUGCUUCAAAAGGACCCUUCUCUCACUUUACCCAAGAUCAAAGUUGGGGUUUCUCAACAACAAUCAGAGGACAAUCAUCCCAUGGAAGAGUGAUGUCAUGUCAAUGCUGCACUUUCAACCCCAGUUUUGUGAUUUUGUGCUUCAUAGGUGGAUUCGUUGUCCAAAUUACAAGUUGGUUCAUUGCUGAUCCGACAUGUGAAUGAUGCGAUUUUGAAACAAAAGUUUUGGCCGUUGAAAAUAUGUUAGUGAUAUUGUUUUUGGACACAAUAAUAGUCCUGUGCGACAGUGAACUAUUAUAUAAACCAAAGCAGAAAGACGUUGCCCAACAAGAAGUCGCCUUGGACUUAUUCGAGUAUUCAAUCUGUUAAUCUCAAGCCAAAUGUUAAAUUUGUAGGUAAGUAAAAGUUCUUUAUACUAGGUACUUCACUAAUUUGACUGAUGAAUGCCUAUUUAGAACAUAGAAGAUGCUAUUUUGACAUCUUAGUCAUAUUUUUGAUGGAUUUGGUAAUGUCAUAUCAUUCUCAACAUCUUUUUAUUUUUUAUUCCAA